UAAUCGAUAGCAAAGUUGAUGGCCAUAUUGUUCUCCAUCGAACCGUGUUUGGCAUGUGGUGUUUGUAGUUGUAGGCAGUUUAUGUAUGGAGUAUUUGCGAAUUUAUUUCGGUGGAAGUAAUGUUACGUCGCCAGGCACGUUUGAGACGAGAAUAUCUGCAUAGAAAGGCAAUCGAAGGAAAGAAACGAAAAAUUCAAGACAAGAAAGAUAGGUUAAAACUAUGUUUGGAAGAAAACCUCACAAUACACACGGAUUUGAGACGGAAUGCGUUGGUUCUUCAGAAAAAAUUAGAAUGGGAAGACAGAGGGCCAGAACUUGCUGUUGCGUUAGGUACAGAAGCAGGCGGAGGCGGUGGUAAACAUGAAGAUGAUGAGUACAGAUGGGCAGGUGUUGAAGAUCCAAAAAUAAUGAUAACAACUUCACGUGAUCCAUCAUCUCGCCUUAAAAUGUUUGUGAAGGAGCUCCGGCUGAUAUUUCCCAACUCCCAGCGCAUGAAUCGUGGAAAUUAUGAAAUGAAACAGCUUCUCCAUGCUUGCAGUGCUAAUAAUGUGACAGAUUUUAUUGUUGUUCAUGAACAUCGUGGUGUUCCAGAUAGUUUCAUUGUGUGUCAUCUCCCAUAUGGACCAACUGCCUACUUCACUAUGACUGAUGUUGUUAUGAGGCAUGACAUACCUGACAUUGGCACUAUGUCUGAACAGUAUCCACAUCUUAUUUUCCACAACUUCAAAACUGCCCUUGGUAAUCGCGUUUCAGAUAUACUGAAAUAUUUGUUUCCUGUACCUAAGGAGGAUAGUCGGCGAGUCAUCACCUUUGCUAAUCAUGAUGAUUACAUCUCAUUUCGACAUCACACAUACAAGAAAAUAAAUGGAAAGGAUGUUGAGUUAUCUGAAGUUGGGCCACGAUUCCAGUUAAAAUUGUAUGAAAUAAAGCUAGGAACAUUGGACCAUGCAGAUGCAGCUGAUACUGAAUGGGCAUUGCGACCAUAUAUGAACACAACCGCAAAACGAAGAUUCUUGUCAGAUGAAGAUGGUUGGAACCAAGAUGAUGAUGUAUAAUAAAUGAGAAUUAGACAUUCCUUCAAAAUUAUUAUAUACUUCGGUAAAUAAGUUCACACUUGACUAAAAGAAAUAAAAGGGUAUUUGCACAGUUAAUUAUGAAUGUGUAGUAUUCCUUGUGUUGUUUGUUUGCACAACAUAUGGCCAAUUAUACACUGAUAUUCUACAUGUUGCAAAAGUGCCAAAUGUUACUAAAUAUAUGACAGGUGCUGUGGGUUUCUCAAGGUUGCAUAAUAAUAAUUUAUUGGUGCCUUAACCUCUUCUGUAGCUGUGGAAUUGCAUUUAUGGCACAGGAUAUAUCAAAAGUAUUUAUCAUCAGCUAUUUAAUACAGCUUAUGAACAAAUGUAAUACAUUCUUGUGUGCUUAAUUCCCUAACAUGUUUCAUGCUUGGACAGUGAAGUACAUAUAUGAAAAAGUAUGUGUACUGAAUGUUGCAGUAAAGUGGUUAGCACUGAUGCUUUGAAUUUGGGAGGCCUCAGGUUCAAAUCUUAGCCAGGACACUAGCUAUUAUCACAGGUUUUGAUCAUUUUUCUCAGGCCCUGCUGGCAAAUGCCUGGAUUUUGCCUCAAAUUAAGGAAUAGGCAUUUCCUUUCAUGUCCUCCAGUUCAUUAUUCAUUAAGCUUUUGUAUUAUUCUUUGUUAUUUAGUCAGGUGCUACUGACAUUAAAUAAAUAUAAGUAAAUAUAAUAUUUGUUUAUGAUAAGGGGUAUUACAUGAUUGGAAAAUGUGCUUUUGGUAAGGAAUGCAACCUAGAUGUCAACAAGUUUAAGUUUAGAGCUCUCAUUAUGAGAGCCAAACUCAGUAUUGUAUAAGUGGUCAGAAUGUAAGAAAGUUUGCCUCUAAUGCAACAGUUUUUAUGUGUGAUUUUGUGUUUUGAGUAAUGAAGGUGUAUGGAAGGAUAUUCAUCAAAUUUAAUUUAAUUUAUGAUAAUUCAUGGACAAGAAAAUUGUUUUUGUAAUUAAAAGAGGAAGUUCAAUUAAGUUCUUUGUAACACUUCAUCAUGAGAUUGCCAUGUACCACGUGGGACGGAGUGUUUUCCAUUACAUAUUUUUGGAUACCUAAUGUCUGUUUUGACGUGUUUACUAUUACAUUAGUUUGUGCAGUAACAUAUGAGAUGGUUUCAAAUUUAUAUAUUGGCUUUUAAAAUGAAAUGUGUAUUGAAAAUCAAGAAAUAAAGAGAAAACUAGGCAGA